AAAGAUGGCCUGGAGACAGCUGCUUCUCGCCUGCUGUCUCUCAGCUGCUGUGCUCCUCACUACGCUGCAGGAGGGCGCUGGUGCAUCGGUGGGCACCCAGCAGGAGGCAGGACAAGACGUUCGGGAAGAUGUAGAACAGAAGAUCUUCAUGCAGGAAUCAGAUGCUUCAAAUUUCCUCAAGAGGCGCGGCAAGCGGUCCCCAAAAUCUCAAGAUGAGGUCAACGCGGAGAACAGGCAGAAGCUACGGGCCAAUGAGCUUCGGAGAGAGUACUACGAGGAACAAAGGAAUGAGUUUGAGAACUUCGUGGAGGAGCAAAAUGAUGAACAGGAAGAGAGAAGCCGGGAAGCUAUUGAGCAAUGGCGCCAGUGGCAUUACGACGGCCUGCAUCCAUCAUAUCUCUAUAACCGCCACCACAUCUGA